UCCGAGUCUGUGUCAGUGGACGCCGCUGACAUUAAUCUGUAAGAUCUGUCAGAUUGGGUGAGUGUUCGAAAGUAUGCUCCGCACCGUUUCUUGGCUGAAGUGGAGGUAUCCAUGGCAGUGAAAAUUAUUGCGGCAGUAUGUCCCUACCUUUUAUCCAUUCUAUUUAACACAGCUUUCAGCAUGGCAUUAUGCUCGAUCAACAAACCCUGGAAUCAACAAAGACAAGGUUCUAAUUGUUGUUGACUCGUUCGCACCUUGUGUAAGUGUUUUGAGGACGAAUCAUCAUGCCGCCCCCUCGCAAGGCCACCUCCAAGCCCAAAAAGACAAGUGUUCUGUCAUCACCACAGGGUAAUCAACCGCUUGCGCACACCUCAAGAGGCCGAACACGCCGACCAACAGAAAAAGAAAAUUAUCGAGUAUCUGAAACACAGAGCACAGUCCGUCGUCAGGCCACAAAGGAGAAAAAGGCGGAAAAACAGAAAAAACGGGCCCUCAAGGCGACCUAUCAAGAGAACCCUGACGACUUCGAGAAUGAACCCUCGGAGCUACACAGUGACACUGACCGUGAUGAAGAUACUAUGUUCUCGGACCAUGCUCUGCAGACAAAGCUGUCGUCCAACACAAAGGUCUUGGCAUUCAGUAUGGGGAAAAUGCCCCCGGUAUCACACAUCACUAGCGGCAAUGCACGUCAGUUGAAGGCACCAACACUUGAUUCCGACAACACUAACGACGAUGAGGAGUCUUCUGGUGACGACUCAGACAAGAACGACUAUCCUCAAUCCGAUGCUGGCGCUAGCCAGACUGAUGAAAAGGAUGGUAACACUAUCGAGGAGCAAAUGUCUGCUACUCGGGCGAGCAAACGACUGCUCGACACUGAAGAGGCCGCCACAGUAGCGAUGAAGAUGAAGAAACUUUCGGAUGGCUCCCGCUAUCCGAGUCGUGUAAAAGUCGCUGAUUUCGAUGAUGUCUCCAAAGACAUCCUUGUAACCGCAAUUUCUCUCUUCCGCUGUCUAAUUGUCACAAAGGCGCCGUUUCCAGAUUCUAUUGCUGACGAGACGAUGCUGGGAAAAGAUGCCUGGCGUGAGGCUUGCCAAUUGAAAGGCGUCAACAUUAAAUUGACGCCUUUAGCAAUUAAGAUGCUCUUGAAACGCACAUCGCAUGUGCGCGGUGAACUCAAAACGAAGAUGCGGUCGCUUACUCGGACUUUUUUUGGGUUUCGGUCGAGUGAAUCGAGGGACAUUAUAAGGCAAAACCGUGAUCUAGCGGAAGCCUUGAAAGAUGGUUCAUCGUUCGUUUUCAAGGACUGGAAAGCGAAGACGGGGAUAUACAAGACCGAGCUACUCCAAGACGGUAUCAAUGUCAUGUGGUUUGCAAACCGAAACGACGAGGGCAUCGUCUACAACCAGUUUUUCAACCCCAUGCCUAUCAAGCUUAUUGCGCUCAUGCUUACAACUAUCGAAUGCUGUAUUGACGAGUGGAUGCAGGGCGUGAAGGAAGACAUCAGGUUCACAGCCAUCACAUAUGGAUCUGUCUACAACAAUCAUUUGAACUCGCUGCAGCGUUUUGACGAGCGCACGGCGCCUUACAAGCUCUUCGAAAGGAUUUGUGACAAUUUGCAUGACGUGGCUCGUUUCCAUGCAGGUGUAGUAGAUACACCCACUACAUUCUCAGACGCAUCCAGAAUCAGUGACGAGGCAAUCGAAGAUGCCAUUCGAGAACACCAGCUUCAGGAGGAGAGUGGGCGGCGAGGCUAG